AAAAACAGGAUCUCAUCCAGAGGUAAGAUUCGCUAACAAUCAACACGGAGACGUCUCGGCCUCUUUUCUUCACUCCUCCUAACUUCACCGCCAUGUCUAACUACAAGGAUGGCUCGACCGAAGGGCUUAGGAAUGCCAUCUUCGACUUCAUUGUCGUCGGUGGAGGCACCAGGCGCAGGUCCUGCAACAACUCCUCGAAGACCCAGAUGAGCGCACCUCGCAGUACACGCUCUUGCCCUUCCAGCUCGACCCACGUCAAGGAGUCAAAGGCAUUAAAGCCCUCAUGUCACCAGCCCACCCGGGGAACUUCAUCACGCUCGUCUCGACGCUAUGCUAUCCGCUGUCGCGGGGUUCGGUGCAUAUCCGCUCCGCUAACCCCAGGGAUCAUCCGGCUCUUGACCAUGGGAUCCUCCGCCACCCCUUUGAUCUUGAACUGCAUGCGCGCCACGCGCUAUGGAUGGAGAAACUGGCCGCGACGCCGUCGAGGGCUGCGGUGCUCAAACAGAACGGCGUGCGACUGCAUAGCCCCAAGCCACUCACCGAUCUGGGGCAGGCCAAAGAAGUGACGAAAGAGUUGCUGCUGUCCACAUUCCACCUGGCGGGGACGUGCGCCAUGAUGCCGCGUGAGGACGGGGGCGUGGUCGAUCUCCACCUGCGCGUGUACGUACCACGAACGUUCGUGUCGUCGAUGCCAGAAUCUUCCCGUUGGUGCCGCGCGGGAAUAUCCAGGCGACUGUGUUUGCCGUCGCGGAGAAAGCUGUGUUCUUUGGAUUAGGACACUCUGCUCAAGAUGCGGCAAACUCGAGACGUCCGGAGUGCUCAUGAUAUAUAUUUUUCAGACCUCUCACACUUCCUUGUUUGCAGUUUUAGUAACAGUGUCAUUACAAGGAGACUUCCAUGCCGUCAUUGCAUAAAUGAUCGCGAAGUAUGACCGAACGCAAGCAACGUUCAGGAUAUGAAUAAUC